AUGGGUUCCGUCGCACGUUUGGCCGAGUUGGAUGCCUCGGUGGUCAACAUCACCCGCACGACUAACCUUCGACCUGUCCCCGCGCCUGGCUCGCCGGAGGAAUUGAGCCAUUCCCACUGCACGGAUCAUAUGGUCACCGUCCGGUGGACCGAUGUCCAUGGUUGGGAGACCCCCGAGAUCAAGCCGUAUGCGAACCUGAGCAUCCCGCCCACGGCCUCGUGCCUGCACUAUGCCACCGAGUGUUUCGAGGGAAUGAAGGUCUACCGCGGAUACGAUGGCAAGCUGCGUCUGUUCCGCCCCGACCUCAAUGGCGAGAGACUGGUCAACAGUGGUCAGAGAACGUCUCUGCCCGGCUUCAAGUUCGAGGAGCUGAAGCGUUUGAUCGCCAAAUUGCUCCAGAUUGAUGGUCCCCGCUGGCUUCCCAAGGAUAAACCCGAGAACUUCCUGUACCUUCGUCCCACGUUGAUUGGCAGCGGCCCGCACCUCGGCAUCCAGACCCCCAAGGAGGCCCUCCUUUUCAUCAUCGCCGUGCCCUGGCCCGACCCCGCCAAGAAGAAGCUCGAGCCUGGCGUCCAGCCGGGGUUGAAGCUCCUUGCGUCGCAACCGGACACCAUUCGUGCCUGGCCCGGUGGAUUCGGUUACGCGAAGCUGGGUGCCAACUAUGGGCCCUCGCUUUCUGCACACGGCAAGGCUCAGGCCCUGGGCUUUGACCAGGUGCUGUGGUUGUUUGGCGAGGACCGUCAAGUGACCGAGGCCGGCGCUAGCAACUUCUUCAUCGUCUGGGAUAACAAGGAGACUGGGAAACUGGAGCUUGUCACCGCUCCUCUGGAGAACCAGCUCAUUCUCCCCGGUGUUACUCGUCGCAGUGUGCUCCAGCUGGCUCGCGAGCACUUGACCAAGGCUUAUGGAUCUCUUGCGCCGGUGGAGGUUGUUGAGAAGACGUUCACGAUCGGUGAUGUCGAACAGGCGUGGAAGGAGGGACGUAUCGUUGAGGCAUUCGUCUGCGGCACGGCUUACUUCGUGACCCCCGUCAAGCUCAUCGGCAACGGUGACGUUCAAAUGAGCAUGGUGGAGGCCAAUGCCAACCGCGCCGGAUACGCCGCUCAGAUCAAGUCCUGGCUGGAGUCUAUCAUGUACGGCAAGGAUGGCCAGGAGAACCACGAAUGGGCCUAUGUCAUUGAAGAAGAGAGUCAGAAAUAA